GUCUCUUGCCACGUCUCUCCCGCACGUCAUACCAACACUGGUCCAACAGGCAGGGCUUUCCGCAAACGAACAGGAGCUCAAAAGCCAAAGCUUUCCUGCUCACUUCCUCAUCCUCAUCCUCAUCCUCACACACAGCAACAGCCAUGUCGCUCUUCAACCAACUCGUCUACUACAUGCUCGUAGGAGAGCUCAUCGUAUACCUCCUCACGCUGGUCCCGCUCUCCUUCUUGCCAAUCCAAACCCGAAAGAACAUGAUGAAUUUAGUUUCCCGCGCCGCCCGCUCCGAGCCAGUCGUCUGGACAGCCCGUAUCGUAUUCUUCAUCGUCGCGGGUGUCUUUCUCGAUACCGUCAACAGGCUGUACCGGAUGGAGGUUGAGUUGCACUCCACUGCCGCGGCGUUGGAUGCGGCUGCCAAUGAUAUGAUGGGACAGAAUGUGGGGGCUGCCCAUCAUCACCAUGUGAUUGAUUCGAACCCGUUGGCGAGAUUGGAGCAGAAGGCGAGGCUGUUUUAUGCUCAGAGGAAUUUGUAUCUGAGUCUUUUUGCGAUUUUCAUGAUUUUGGUCGACUACCGCCGCAUCCGCGACGUGUACCUCCAACUCAGCUACCAAGAAGAGAUCGCCGCAAAGACACAAAAGAUCCGGAUCCUCACGCGCCAGAUCGAAAACGUCACGGGCGUCACGUCCGCCGUCAGCGAGCCGACCACUUCCACCACCAAGAAGACCGCCAUUGUCGCGACACCGGAAGUGGAUGUCAAGCCCACGGUUGACACGAUUCCUGCUGAGAUUGCGAUGGAGGAUUUGAGGGAUGUGAAGGAGGGGGCGAGGAAGAGGGGUGCGAAUGCGGUUGUUCUUGAUUAGUUGCGAUCUUUGUGGAAGGCCGGACUGUCCAUUAUCUUCCCCUUCUGGGGCUAGGUAUCGAACAUUGAGAUAUCUCAAACGCCCAUCGAGCGCGCGUAACGCCGUACGCGGCUACCCGGCCUUUUACCAUAUUUGUUCCCUUCUGUUUGUAUCAUACCAUCGCAUAUGGCAUUUGUCUCUACUGUAGAUAUGCAGUAAUAGUAUACCUUAGCUUACCCGAUAAACGAGUGGGGCUUUUCGAAGCAGGGUUCGUCUUAAAGAACUAGGACAGCACUCCAACUGGAGCAUCACGUGACAUCGAU